AUGUCGUCUCUUCCCCGCCGAACGGUAUCCCUCAACCGCAUCACGAACGAAACGAAAGUCCAGGUCUCUCUCUCCCUCGAUGGCGGCGUCCUCCUCCCUUUUACACCAUGCCCACACUUCCCACAAACUUCCCCUGAAGAGGCUGCACAGAUUCUUCCUUUGCCAGAAUCAGACCAUGCAACACAGUUCACGUCGUCUCAGCAGAUCACGAUAAACACGGGGAUUGGCUUCCUAGAUCACUUACUGCAUGCCCUAGCAAAGCAUGCGGGUUGGAGUUUAGCUGUCCGGUGUAAGGGGGAUCUAGUUAUUGACGACCACCACACCACUGAAGACACCUUCCUCGCCCUCGGCACUGCCUUCACUCGCGCCCUUGGCCCCCGCGUGUCCAUUGUGCGCUUUGCCCGCGGCGACGCGCCUCUCGACGAGGCCCUCUCCUGGGCCGUCAUUGACAUCUCCUCGCGGCCCUACAGCGUUAUCAAUCUGGGCCUGCAGCGCGAGAAAGUCGGCGCUUUGAGUACGGAGAUGAUUCCACAUGGACUGGAAAGCUUUGCGCAGGCCGCGGGCGUGACGCUGCAUGUGGGCUGCGUGUAUGGGAAUAAUGACCAUCAUCGUGCGGAGAGUGCAAUCAAGGCCGUUGCUGUGGCUAUUCGGGGGGCCAUAGCGAGGCGAGCAGCGGGAGAGGUUGGCGGAGGUGGGGAGGUGGUGAGCACAAAAGGUGUACUAUAA